AGUCGGACACAACCUAACUCUAUGGACACAACGCAUCUAGUUGGCAACAGGAUCAUUUGGCUGUAUCGUAGCCAUCAAUUAUAACAUAUCUAUAUAUUUCUAUCUUUCUACUCUUACUGAUAAAGAGUGUCAACGUUUGCCGACAAACUCAAGCUGAUCGCACAAGUCCAAGGGCCAGAUAGAGCAAGAUGCGGCUGAUGAAACCAUCUGUUGAGUGCCGAAACUACUACAGUUAGCUAGCAAGAACAUGCUGGGGUAUAUCUGGCAGUAUUUCUACACAUCCUUCCUCAGGUUGUGUCUGAAGUGGAUCCUUCGUCACGCCACAGGGAAGUGUGAACUGCAGCGGAUAUGUUCCUCCUACAAACCUGGAGCCACCAGGACCACAAAAACAGAACUCUCUCUUAAUUCAUCAAAAAGCAAGGUGUUGAGGGCGAGUGUGGAUGCUGAGGAGGAUGGGGUGGAGGCCUGUGUGCUUCAGAUCAUGAGGGAGAAGAACAUCAAGGCUGAGAAAGAUCCCACGUUUCAGAUGAAUUUACAGGCGUGUCUUUUACAAAUCACUGGCCACAAGAGCUUGUUUGGGUGUGUGGAGGAGAGGAGGAAGGAGGUCUUUGACCCCAACAACACAGAUCAUGAGAACAUGCUGCUGAAGCUGUGGGAGCUCCUCAUGCCGGCCACCAGACUGGAGGCCCGGGUCACCAAGCAGUGGGGCGACAUCGGUUUCCAAGGAGACGACCCCAAGACAGAUUUCCGGGGAAUGGGCAUGCUGGGACUCAGUAACCUGCUCUUCUUCAGUCAGAACUACACGGAAGAAGCUCGCCAGGCCUUGUCUCAUGCCAACCACCCCAGACUAGGGUACUCCUAUGCCAUCGUGGGUAUCAACCUGACUGAGAUGGCCUACAGCCUGAUGAGAGCGGGGUUGCUGAAGCCUCACUUCUACAACAGUGUCCCCGGCCGCCCAACCAUGCACCACUUCCACAUGCUCUACUGUUACUUGGCAUACGAGUUUGACAGGUUCUGGGUACAGGAGCAGCCGGAGAGCAUCAUGGAGUUCAACCACUACCGGGAGAAGUUCCACGAUCAGGUGAAACAGCAGCUGCAGGACCCCAGCGUGUCUCUGCUACUGUUCAGCAGUAGGACCUGACCAGGAACAUAUCACCCCUCAGGACCAAGAAUGGGAGCACUUGGAGAA